UAUGAAUAAUUUAACAAAACGGACUGCAUCACAAGAAUGUUUAAUUUCAAAUAAAUCAGCACUUGAAUGUCUUAACAUCGGCGGAUUUUUUUAUGAUGCAUGUACGGGGCAUUGUGAAAGAGAUUCUAGUUUUCUUCGUUUAAGCCAACAUUUGCAAUUGGAACAUUUAGUUUACGGAUAUCUUUUCCCUAUUCUUGUUAUUUUUGUUGUCGUUGCCAAUUUAUUAGUAGCUUUAGUACUUUCUCAAAAACACAUGAUUUCGCCUACAAAUUUAGUUUUAAAAUAUAUGGCAAUAGCUGAUCUUUGUGUUGGACUUUUUCCUCUUCCCUGGAAUUUUUAUUAUCACACAUUAAGGUGCAUUUUGAAUAUGAACAAAAAGAACUUCAACUGUGUUGCAAUGUGGCUAACAGUUUUGUUGGCAGGUCAAAGAUAUCUUUCUAUUCGUCAUCCUAUGAAUUCUCGCCAUUUAUGUUCUUUACGUAAUGUGAGAAUUGCAACUUUUUUAAUUACAAUUGUUUCUAUAUUUUGUGGCCUUCCAAAAUUCGUCGAUUAUUAUUAUAAUGUUUAUGAAGGUUGGGCUUUUGUUGAUUCUGGUCAUUUAAUAUAUUUAAAGUAG